GGUGUUUCUCGUUUCUUUAUUUUCCUCUUUUUUGAAUUCAAACCUUUCGAUUUACAGACCACAAUUAAUCAUCCACUCAUUCUCUCGCGCGAAUAAUCAAUCCUCAAUUCAAUGGCUACCCAUGCGGGCACAGGGACUCUGGAGCACGCUCAGGAGCUCUACGUGAAAGCUGUUCACGAAGUGCCGCCGAAUCGCAACAUGUUGGACGACCUGGUAGACUAUUUGCGCGACAACCCAGCCUUGCUUUACGGCAAAAUGUUUGAAACGUCAUACGACGCGGCCAACACAGUUGUCGACGUGUGCCAUGGAAAUAACAACGGACAUGACGACGAAAAUCUUGCUAUUCUGACACCACCAGCGGCCUGGGGCUGGGCAGUGAUGGAGGAGGCCGUGUGUCGCAGCCCACCGUCGCCGCAGUUCUGGGCAGAAUACAACGGGAUGGUUCAAAAGUGCAUCGAUCUGGCGACCGGCACGCUUAGACAUAUGGACAGUACACCCGGGCAGAUUGUUCGCCGCGCAAUCCAGACAAUGACCCGGCUCUGGCCAGUUUUGAUUGGCAGCUGCAUUGCGAAAAAUUUAGACAGCUCUGCGUGGAGGCGCCCCUUUGAGACAAUGCUGCCCCUGGCAAUAAGGAUCUUCCAGCUGUCGGAGCACUCGGACGAUCCGGCGCUGCAGGUACACUUGGUCAAAUUUCUUGAGGUCGAAGCAACCAUUUUUGCGCCGCUGCCAUACCCCGACGCCGUUGAUAAGGGUGGUAUAAGCCUGGAAACCCUGCCUGAGCUUCAUCCUUUUAUUGAACAGGCGGUACUGGCCAAGCGGGGAGAGGCGGCCAGGUACCAGCUUAUGCGGCUGCUGCCCAACAGCGACAAUCUGCAACUAUGUAACAUUGCGUUUAUCACGGGCAUAAUUAGCUCCAUCAUAUACUUGAUGAACCUGCGGCCACAGUUUUGCGCGCAGCUGCUGGAGAAGCUUACAGAGUGGUACGCGAUUAUACACUCGUCUGAACAAGUGAUGACACAGCUGCAGCUGGCAAUUGUGUGCAAGACACUGAGCCUCAAUCUGCUUAACUUGUACACGCGGCGGUAUAUGGGCGAGUACUCCGAGCUGCUGGAGAACACUAUGGACAUUAUCGGCGGGCAGGACUGGGCCUCAUGGCAGGAGCGCCAGGCGCGCGACAGGGAGCGCAAGGAGCGCCAGCGCAUCAGGGAGCGCAGCAUGAUGCCCAAUCGCCACCAACAGCAGUAUGACCGCUGGAUUCCCACCCGCGAUGCCAAUAUGGCGGACCAGUCGGGCGUGCCGCCGCCGCCGCUACUGCCGGGCAACCACGACGCACGCAUGGAGGUUCUGAGCCGUAGCCAGCAUGCAUCUGCCCCCUCUUCUUCGCAGCGACAGGGUGACUAUUCAGGCCAAAAACGGUCGAAUCGGCAGGAGGACGACGAGGAUGAGGAGUACCAGCGGCGCAUGCUCGAGGAGAACACCAAGCGGGUUAAGCUUGAGGAGGUCAAGGAGGCAGCAUCGUCUACGUCAAAGUCGCUCACCGGGCUGGGACAAAAUGGACCUGCGGCGCAGCGCGUAGCCGACAGCGAAAAGGAGAUGGAGGAGGAAAUGCGGGCGGCGCUUCACACGGGCACCUUUGAGUUGCAGCCAACGCUGCAGCUGGCCGCGAGCGAGCGCAGCACGCUGAUUGUAGACACCAUGAAGCGCGUGGUGGCGGGCAGCAAAGCCGUUGAAAAGUUUAUAUCGCUCAACCGCAUGCAGGCAUCGAGCAGUCACAGCCAGCUGCCAGACGCGCAGCUGGCGCGCGGAAAAACUACCGAGUCCAGCGCUCAGGUCACGCUUCCGAACGGUCUGAGCACCAACGCUGGCGUGCUUGAGGACUCGAUGCUGCUUCUGGUUCGGAUGGUGGCCAACUGCUAUAUUAUGUCGUUCGAGGCGGCUUGCGUCGAGGGUGCGGCCGAGGACAUGGGCCCAGACUCCAAGUGGGCUGAGAUGCACACUUGCAUGGAAGGCAUCCUGCAGUCCAUCACGGAAUCCCCGAGAUCACAAUACAACCUGGCCAUUCUGCUGCUCUACGAGAUGUGGCUGGCCGUCGUGAGCACGGACCCAGAGCUCAAACAGGACUCGCAGGGCCCUGGCUUCGAGUUCACCAUGCACGCGCUGUACUUGCGCUGGUGCGAGCAGAUUUUUGACGCCGUUGUCAAGUGCAGCAUUGAAACCACGCUGACGAAGCAGGUUCCGGUGCAGGUCGUUCCGGAUGUUGCGGCAUCGGUGGGCGAGCCGACGCUGACCGCAGGCAGCGCGAGCCACGCAGCGGGACCGGCGCCGGCCACGCAGAUGCAGGACCGCUUGAUCCUCGACUUUAUUUUGGAUGCACCAGAGCUGCCUCCCAGGUAUUUGGAGAAGCUGUCAGCUUGCUUCCAGGCGUCAGCCACAGCCACGCUUGGGUUCUCAACUCUGGAGAAGGCCAUCGAGAUGCGGCCGCCCGUGUUCAAGACUGGCAUCAAAAUGCUGCUGACCUACUGUGCAAGCCACAGUCGGGGAACGCGCAUCGGGUGCAUUCGUGCAGUCAAGAAGCAUUACCCAGCGUCACCAGAGUCAGCGCUGAUCGAGAACAUUGCCCGAGGCUCGCUUAAGCGCGGCGUCGAAAACGCGGACAGAAAGAGAACAGAGGUCGCUGAACGCAUCAGAGAGAUCGUUUCGGCCGAUACGACUGAUCCUGAGGAGAUCACCAAACGCUGCGCCGAGCUGGAUGUGCUGAAGAAGAAGGGUGAGCAAGAGAUUGACGCCGAGAUGGCGGCGAAUUCGGAGCUUUUGCUAGCAUUGUGCACGCGCAACAUGGAUCUUCUUUUGGCCGUGUUUGAGGCAUACACGUCGGCGCACGCCCAAAUCAAAAUGUCCAUCAAUCGUCUGAUUACGCCGCUGAUAAAGUCUGUUUCCAACACGCCUGGCAAGGUCGUGCCAAUCCUGAGCCAGUUCCCGGCGGGCGCGGAGGUGAUGGCAGUGAGGGUAAUCCGGAUUCUCACACGCGAGAGUGGCCAUGUGCCCUCCAGGGAUCUCAUUCAGGGCGUGCUAGACAUGCACACUGCGCGUAAUCUGGACCCGCGGUUUAUUGUGGCCAUUUGCAACGGCCUAACCAAGGCCGAGGCCAUUAGUCAUUUGGGCAGCGUUGUCGGCGUGCUCGACGGCCAGGACCAGCCGAGGGCGCUGGUGGGCGACUUUUUUGUUCAGCUCACAAAAUCUUAUCCUGGCCGUCCCAGCGUGCUGAGCCCGACCGAGCUGCUGAUCGCGCUGCACAACAACCUUGGGGACAACGCGACCGAUAAGCAGGCGAUGGAGGCUAUUGCUUUGUACGAGGGUAUCCCCACAGCCGAUGGAACUCCGCUGUUCCACUCGAGCGUGUUCACAGCCGCGUUCAACCAGCUGGUCGCGCAGGAGCAUGUCCCACCGCUGAUGUUGUAUACUGCCGAGCUGUUUAACCAAAAGCGCAAGGGGAAUGUUGGCCCGAUCAUCAAUAUUUUGGCAAAGCUGAUCGAGAAGAAGGUCUGGACCAUGGGCGACACCAUGGUGCAGGCGUUUUCACGCUGCUUGCACUGCUUUGAGCCAGGGACGCUAUCGCUGAUCAAGACUAUUCCGUCCGAGCCGUUGAAGAAGAUUAUUGGCGCAGAGCCGCGCUUGCAGCCGAUUAUCCGCGACUAUGUCAAGAAGAUGUCUCAUAAGGACCGGGCCCCGUACAAAUGGCUGCUUUCGAGCAAGCAUUGAGCGUGUUGGUUUCUUUAAUCAUAUACAGUCUUUGUCUGCGGUUAUUUGUCGCUGCCAAUGUGAAAGCAGCCCUUUGUUGGUAUUCGUUUUUGUGCAGGACAAUUGACUUUUUGUUCUUUGGGACCAGCACCCUCCACUCAAUCGCUUUGUGCUUUAUUUAUUUAUAGCAUUAGUUUAGUUUAGCACAGUCAUUUUUCAUCUAUUUUUAGUUCUUUUUUGACUUUAUUGAUUCUACUCUAUUCUACUAUUUUAUAUUCAACUCUG